CCUUGCUGGGCACCAACAGCUCCACCAUGGGGCUGGCCUGGGGACUUGGUGUUGUGCUCCUAUUGCAAGUGUGUGGCACCAGCCGAAUUCCAGAGUCUGGGGGAGACAACAGUGUGGUGUUUGACAUCUUUGAACUCACCGGAGCUGCCCGCAAGGGCUCCGGGCGCCGACUGGUGAAGGGCCCUGACCCCUCCAGCCCAGCUUUCCGCAUUGAGGAUGCCAACCUGAUCCCCCCUGUGCCUGAUGACAAGUUCCAUGACCUAGUGGACGCCGUGCGGGCGGAGAAAGGGUUCCUCCUCCUGGCCUCCCUGCGACAGAUGAAGAAGACCCGGGGCACACUGCUGGCUUUGGAGAGCAAAGACCACUCUGGUCAGAUCUUCAGCGUGGUCUCCAAUGGCAAGGCGGGCACCCUGGACCUGAGUCUAAGUGUGCAGGGGCAGCAGCACGUGGUGUCAGUGGAGGAUGCACUCUUGGCAACUGGCCACUGGAAGAGCAUCACCCUGUUUGUUCAGGAGGACAGGGCCCAGCUCUACAUUGACUGUGAGAAGAUGCAAAAUGCCGAGCUAGUGGUCCCCAUUCAGAGCAUCUUCACCAGGGACCUGGCCAAUGUUGCCAGACUCCGCAUCGCAAAGGGAGACGUCAAUGACAAUUUCCAGGGGGUGCUGCAGAAUGUGAGGUUUGUCUUUGGAACCACACCAGAAGACAUCCUCAGGAACAAAGGCUGCUCCAGCUCUACCAAUGUUCUCCUCACGCUCGACAACAACGUGGUGAAUGGUUCCAGCCCUGCCAUCCGCACCAACUACAUUGGCCACAAAACUAAAGAUCUGCAGGCCCUUUGCGGCAUCUCCUGUGAUGAGCUGUCCAGCAUGGUCCUGGAACUUAAGGGUCUGCGCACCAUUGUGACUACACUUCAGGACAGCAUCCGCAAAGUGAGUGAAGAGAAUCAGGAGUUGUUCAAGGAGCUGAGGAAGUCCCCUUUCUGCUAUCACAAUGGAGUUCAGCACCAGAACGGCGCUGUGUGGAUUGUGGAUAGCUGCACCGAGUGUCACUGUCAGAACUCAGUUACCAUCUGCAAAAAAAUAUCUUGCCCCAUUAUGCCCUGUUCUAACGCCACAGUGCCUGAUGGAGAAUGUUGCCCACGGUGUUGGCCCAGCGACUCUGCAGAUGAUGGCUGGUCACCGUGGUCUGAGUGGACCUCCUGUUCUGUGACAUGUGGCAAUGGGAUUCAGCAGCGUGGCCGCUCCUGUGAUAGCCUCAACAACCGAUGUGAGGGCUCUUCAGUCCAGACUCGAACCUGCCACAUUCAGGAAUGUGACAAGAGAUUUAAACAGGAUGGAGGCUGGAGCCACUGGUCCCCGUGGUCAUCUUGUUCUGUAACAUGUGGCAGCGGUGUCAUCACCAGGAUCCGACUCUGCAACUCUCCCAGCCCCCAGAUGAAUGGGAAGCCAUGUGAAGGCGAAGCUCGAGAGACCAAAGCCUGCGAGAAAGCCGCCUGCCCAAUCAAUGGAGGCUGGGGUCCCUGGUCACCAUGGGACAUCUGUUCUACCACCUGUGGUGGAGGAGUCCAGAAACGAAGCCGGCUCUGCAACAACCCCACACCCCAGUUUGGAGGCAAGGACUGCUUUGGUGAUGUGACAGAAAGCCAGAUCUGCAACAAGCAGGACUGUCCAAUUGAUGGAUGUCUGUCCAACCCCUGCUUUGCCGGUGCCAAGUGCACCAGCUACCCUGAUGGCAGCUGGAAAUGUGGUGCUUGUCCUGCGGGUUACAGUGGAAAUGGCAUCCAGUGCAAAGAUGUUGAUGAGUGCAAGGAAGUGCCUGAUGCCUGCUUCAACCACAACGGAGAGCACAGGUGUAAGAACACAGACCCCGGCUACAACUGCCUGCCCUGUCCACCUCGCUUCACUGGCCCGCAGCCCUUCGGUCGGGGUGUCAAGCAUGCCGCUGCCAACAAACAGGUGUGCAAGCCCCGCAACCCUUGCACAGACGGAACACACGACUGCAACAAGAACGCCAAGUGCAACUACCUGGGCCAUUACAGCGACCCCAUGUACCGCUGUGAGUGCAAGCCUGGCUACGCAGGCAAUGGCAUCAUCUGCGGGGAAGACACGGACCUUGACGGCUGGCCCAAUGAGGACCUGGUCUGUGUGGCCAAUGCAACUUACCACUGCAAAAAGGAUAACUGCCCCAACCUUCCCAACUCAGGACAGGAAGAUUAUGACAAGGAUGGAAUUGGGGAUGCCUGUGAUAAUGACGAUGACAAUGAUAAAAUCCUAGAUGAUCGGGACAACUGUCCAUUCCACUACAACCCAGCCCAGUAUGACUAUGACCGAGAUGAUGUGGGAGACCGCUGUGACAACUGCCCCUACAACCACAACCCAGACCAGGCUGACACCGACAACAACGGGGAAGGAGAUGCCUGUGCGGCAGACAUCGAUGGUGAUGGUAUCCUCAAUGAAAGAGACAACUGCCAGUAUGUCUACAAUGUUGAUCAGCGGGAUACUGACAUGGAUGGGGUUGGAGACCAGUGUGAUAACUGCCCCCUGGAACAUAAUCCAGAUCAGCUGGACUCUGAUUCAGACCGCAUUGGAGAUACCUGUGACAGCAAUGAGGACAUUGAUGAAGAUGGCCACCAGAACAACCUGGAUAACUGUCCUUAUGUGCCCAAUGCCAACCAGGCUGACCACGACAAAGAUGGCAAAGGGGAUGCCUGUGACCACGAUGACGAUAAUGACGGCAUUCCUGAUGACAGGGACAACUGCAGACUUGUGCCCAACCCUGACCAGAAGGACUCGGAUGGCGAUGGUCGAGGUGAUGCUUGCAAAGAUGACUUUGACCAUGACAAUGUGCCAGACAUCGAUGACAUCUGUCCUGAGAAUGUAGAUAUCAGUGAGACCGAUUUCCGCCGAUUCCAGAUGAUUCCUCUAGAUCCUAAAGGAACAUCCCAAAAUGAUCCUAACUGGGUGGUACGCCAUCAGGGUAAAGAGCUUGUCCAGACUGUCAACUGUGAUCCGGGGCUUGCUGUAGGUUAUGAUGAGUUUAAUGCUGUGGACUUCAGCGGUACUUUCUUCAUCAACACUGAAAGAGACGAUGACUAUGCUGGAUUUGUGUUUGGCUACCAGUCCAGCAGCCGCUUCUAUGUUGUGAUGUGGAAGCAGAUCACCCAAUCCUACUGGGACAGCCACCCCACAAUAGCUCAGGGAUACUCAGGCCUUUCUGUGAAAGUUGUGAACUCUACCACGGGGCCUGGCGAGCACUUGCGGAAUGCUCUGUGGCACACAGGAAAUACCCCUGGCCAGGUACGGACCUUAUGGCAUGACCCUCGUAACAUAGGCUGGAAAGACUUUACCGCCUACAGAUGGCGUCUCAGCCACAGGCCAAAGACAGGCUUCAUUAGAGUGGUGAUGUAUGAAGGGAAGAAAAUCAUGGCUGACUCAGGACCCAUUUAUGACAAAACCUAUGCUGGUGGCAGGCUAGGGUUGUUUGUCUUCUCUCAAGAAAUGGUAUUCUUCUCCGACCUGAAAUACGAAUGCAGAGAUUCCUAAUCAUCUAACUGGUGAUCAAAAGACUGAUCUUAACCAAUGCUGGUAUUGCACCUUCUGGAACCCUGAGCUCGAGGAAAACCCCAGGAUCGCUCCUCCCUUCUUCCUUUUUCUUUCUGCUUGCAUCAGCAUGGGCUCCUCGGAUGUAUGACCUGCCUCAAGAAAAUGCAGUUUUCAAAAACAGACUUAGCAUUCAUCUUCCAAGGAAUAAGAAGAGUAUAAACAAUUGCUUUGGAAGCACAAACAUCGCCUUGGUUCCAUUGGGAAGAUGCCUGCUCCACUCUGCUUUCAUCAGAACCUGGCGCUAUUGUGAGGCCUUGUCUGAGUAGUGGACUCAGCAGCAUUUUCAGGCUUGUGAGAGAAGGGAGAGCUUUCACUAGGAUUAGGAACCAAAACCACCCCUGACAUACUCCCUCAGGAAAAGGGAAAACAGGGGCCAAAGGGGAUGGUAUUUACCUCCUCCUCCCCCCCCCAAAAAAAAAAAAAUUAAAGAAUAUAUGGACGAACUGUUACAUGUUCAGUACUAAUCAUCUUCAGGGGAUUGAAAACUAUUGUUGGAUUUCAUGAUGCUGACCAAUGUUAGCUGAUUAACCCACAUAACUAGGCACUUAAAUAGAAGCAGGGAAGAGAGGAAAAGACUGGCUUCUGGACUUCCUCUCUGGCACCUAUUCUUUAUGUAUCACUUGUGGUGGCCAGAAUAGGGAGUCAGAAUGAAAUCAGUACGACAGCGCUGGCUGCCAUGGCCUGGGUACAUUGCAGCUGUUAGCUUUAUCCCAGAUGUAGCUUGUGUAGAUGUAGCAGGAAAAUGGGAAAACCUACCAUCUCAGUGAGCACAAGGCUGUCUCCCAAGGGAGAGGCAGCUGUGCUUAGAUUUCUAUGGUUAGAAAGGCACAAAACUAUCAACUAAAAACAUUCCUUUCCUGUUUUUGUUUUUAUUUUCUAAUUCUCUCUUUUGAUUUGUAGUUUUUGUUUGUUUGUUUUGUUUUUGUUUGACAAAUGCUUUAUUUACAAUGUAAGAUAUUUAUUUUUUACCUAUUCUGGAGGAUCUGACUGAAGGACUAUUCAUGGAACAGGAAGAAGCGUUAAGGACUAUCCAUAUCAUAUCAUCUUUGUUCCAAGUCUUCAUGACUGUAAGAUUGUAAAUACAGAUUAUUUAUUAACUCUGUUCUACCUGGAAUUUAGGUUUUGUAUGGAAAGUGUUUGAGGUCAGGUGGUGGAGAUUUAUCAGCAGAUAGCUCCUAAGAAUGGCACAAGGUAAAGGAGAGACACAGCUGUCCUCCACUUUGCGCUUAGAGUGAAUGAUUUAGAUUCUUUUUUUUUUUCACUUGUUUGUUUUGUCUUUUCAAAUGGAAUUAGCUGGUUAUACAUUUACAAGUACUUUUAGAUAACAGUGAAAGCCAGGAGGCCCUUACAUACUGUUUUACCCCCAGCCCAUUUGCCUAUUGCCAGGGAAAAGAAAAGCAUAUAUACUUGUUUUUUUUUCAUUUUUCCAAAAGAGAAAAAAAAUGAUAAAGGUGAAACUUACAUACAAAUAUUACCUCAUUUGUUGUGUGACUGAGAAAAGAAUUUUUGGAUCAAGCAGAAAGAGUUUAAGUGUCUAACAAACUUAAAGCUACUGUAGUACCUUAAAAAAAAAGUCAAUGUUGUAUAUAGUAUAAAAAUUCUUUGAAGAAAAGAAUUCCCAAUAAGGAGAUAGCAUUGAAAUGUUAAAUACAAUUUCUGAAAGUUAUGGUUUUUUGUUUUUUUUCCUGUCAUCUUGUAUGCCAUUGCUUUGUUUUUAUAAAUUAUUUUCUCAUUGUCAUUGGAAUAGAUAUCUCAGAUUGUGUAGAUAUGCUAUUUAAAUAAUUUAUCAAGAAAUAUUGCCUGUAGAGUUAGUAUUUCUAUUUUUAUAAAAUAUUUGCACACUGAAUUGAACAAUUGUUGGUUUUUCUUCUUUUUCGCUUUGUUUCGUUUUUUGCUUUUUAACACCCCUAGUUUUUACUAUUUGCCAAUACCUUUUUCUAGGAAUGUGCUUUUUUUUGUACACAUUUUUAUCCAUUUUACAUUCUAAAGCCGUGUACAUUGUAUAUUGCUAUUUCUUAUGUAACAGGAACAACAAUAAACCAUAUGGAAAUUUAUAUUUAUA